AUGUUGCCAGGUUUGCAUGUUGUGCUUACAAUGUUCACUGGCUACUUAGUUGGAUAUGCUGCGUUCAGAGCAUUGUUUGGCCACAGUCCUGCUAUGAGUGCUGCUGGGGGAAUCCUUGGAUUAGUUUGCGGAAUGCUUGUAGAAACGCUUCUUUUCAUUGUUAGAUCUUCUAGUCAAGAUUUGAGACCCAAGUCUUCUACUUCCAAGCUAAAGAAGAAUCAGUAG